CACUGUUUUUUUAAGAGACAAAUCAUAGAAAAAUUUUGUUACAUUUGUUGAGUGAAUCGAUAAUUAGUAACAAAAUUAUAUUACAAUUAUUUUUUGUGAUAUUUUAUAAACAAUUUAUUGAAACAAUUAAUUUAAUUGAAUUCAAUCAAUGAUUGUCACAACAAAUGGCUGAUCGAAGAAAAACCAAACGAAAGGCUAAAGAUGCCGACGUCGACGUGGACUCAGAGAAGCCGUCGAAAGUGGAGUACGAGAUCGCAAAGUACAUGAGAUCAAAGUUACCGCCGAAGAAGACAACACUUUUGUCACACAAAGUCGACUACUUUAUUGCCUCAAAAUCAGUGGAUCUAUUAAUGGACUCGAAAUGGGCUAAGGAUGACAAACGACAAAAAGAAGCUUUAUUUACAUCCCGCGACUCUGUGGUGACAUUCAUGGAUCUAAUGCUGAGACACAAGUUUUUUCACAGAGCAAAGACUGUUGUCGUCAAGAAAGAGAAGAAGAAAAAAUUGGAUAACGAAGAGAGCAGUUGUAAUGAAGAACAGAUGAAGAGUGAGAAGAAAAAGUUUAAAAAAGAUUCAAAAGAGACUAAAGAAGAGAUUAAAGACAAAGAAGAUAAAGAGGGCGAUAAAGAAGUUAAGAAAAAAGAAAAGAAGAAAAUAAAGCUUGACAUGCAUUUUGAACAGUUAUUUGUCGAUGAAAAUGAGCCAUAUGUCUGGAUCUAUGACCCGAUCCCAUUGCGUACGUGGCUUUUCGGUGCAGGUCUUGUGUUUGCCGCCAUUGCUAUCUGUUUGUUCCCUCUUUGGCCGCGAACUGUUCGCAAUUAUGUCUAUUAUCUGAGUAUAGCGGCCGCCGCUCUUCUGUUUUUUAUUAUUGGUUUAGCCGUUCUUCGUUUAAUAAUAUUUACAAUUGUUUGGACCGUAACCUUCGGAAAGCAUCACUUCUGGCUAUUACCGAAUUUGACAGAAGAUGUAGGCUUUUGGGAAUCAUUUUGGCCGUUAUAUACACACGAAGAUAAAUCAGGCGAUAAUAAUGACGACAAUAAAGAUAAAAACAAUGGAAAUAAUGAUACCAAUGAUGGUAGCGAUGUACCACUGAUAGCCAAUGAAGACAAAACAGAUGACAAAGAGUCCGGUUCUGAAAGUGCUUCCACUGUCGAUAGUAUAACGAAAAGCAAUUCUUCCAAUGAAUUGAAUGCCACGAAUGGUGUCAAUGGCUUUGAAAUACUCGACACCAAUGAAUUGGAUGACAAGUGAUUUUAAUUUUAAAUCAAUUUCUAUUUAUUUUUUAAAUUUUAUGCUUUAUAUAUAAGUUUAUUUAUUAUUAAUUUUUU